AUGUCCGGGAUGUUUGGCAAAAUCUUUGUGGGAAUUUACGUGGAAAUUAAACGGAGCGACGGACGAAUACACCAGGCCAUGGUCACAUCUCUGCACGAGGACAACGAGAGUGUGACAGUGGAGUGGAUCGAGAAUGGGGACACUAAAGGCAAAGAGAUCGACCUUGAAAGCAUCUUUGCUCUGAAUCCAGACGUCAUUCCUGAUGAUGAGAUUCCACAAAGCCCUGAGACCCAACUUCCUCCUUCUUCUAUUCCUAAAGCCAGCAAGGUCCCCAAGACAAAACGAGUGACAUCUAUACCCAAAGCUGAGAACACCCCGCGGGAGAACAGAGCUGCGGCGGUUGGAACGACCCGAGCCCGGCCCAGUCAGCACGCCGAGCCUCCUCCAGCCAUCGCUCCACAGACCGCCUUCAACCAAACACUCCUUCAGCAGCAAAAUGCUCGCAAGAAAUCAAAUUGUGUCAAAGAAGUUGAAAAGCUUCAAGAAAAACGUGAGAAGAGACGACUGCAGCAACAAGAACUCAGAGAAAAGAAAGCCCAGGAAGUAGAUGUCAAUUUACCAAACUAUGAAAUAAUGUGUAUGAUCCGAGACUUCAGAGCCAGUUUGGACUACAGGCCCCUGACCUACAACGAUCUAAUUGACGAGCAUAGGAUAUGUGUUUGUGUACGAGCUCGACCUCUUAAUAAAAAAGAGCUAACCGUGAAGGACUUGGACGUCAUCACUAUUCCAAGCAAAGACGUCGUCAUGGUUCAUGAGCCCAAACAGAAAGUGGACCUGACGCGCUACUUGGAGAACCAGACGUUUCGCUUUGACUAUGCUUUUGAUGAGAACUCCACUAAUGAAAUGGUUUACAGGUUCACAGCCCAACCUUUGGUGGAGACCAUUUUUGAAAGAGGAAUGGCAACUUGCUUUGCUUAUGGACAAACCGGGAGUGGGAAAACCCAUACAAUGGGAGGAGACUUCUCAGGGAAGAACCAGGACUGCUCUAAAGGAAUCUACGCUCUGUCAGCCAGAGAUGUCUUUCUUAUGCUGAAAAAACCAAACUACAAAAAGUUAGAUCUUCAAGUCUAUGCCACUUUUUUUGAAAUAUACAGUGGGAAGGUGUUUGACCUGCUCAAUCAUAAGGCAAAGCUGCGGGUGCUGGAGGAUGGGAAGCAGCAGGUGCAGGUGGUGGGUCUGCAGGAGAAAGACGUCAAAUGCACAGAAGACGUCCUCAAGCUCAUUGAAGUGGGAAACAGCUGCAGGACUUCUGGGCAGACAUCGGCAAAUGCCCAUUCCUCGAGGAGCCACGCUGUUUUCCAGAUCAUUUUGCGUAGACGGGGAAAGAUGCACGGAAAAUUUUCACUCAUUGAUCUGGCUGGAAACGAGAGGGGGGCGGAUACUUCGAGCGCAGACCGUCAGACUCGCCUCGAAGGAGCUGAGAUCAACAAGAGUCUAUUGGCCCUAAAGGAGUGCAUUCGGGCUCUAGGGCGAAACAAACCCCACACUCCAUUUAGAGCGAGCAAAUUAACUCAAGUUCUGAGGGAUUCCUUCAUUGGAGAAAACUCAAGAACCUGCAUGAUCGCCACCAUCUCCCCUGGAAUGGCAUCGUGUGAAAACACUCUGAAUACUCUGAGAUAUGCCAACAGGGUUAAAGAAUUUGGCAUAAGUCCGUCAGAUAUUCCUUUCACUCAGAGCGGGGGAGGAGGACGCUCUGAAAUGUCGCCCACUUAUGAGGUGCAGGAGUUGACUGUGGACCCUUUGGCAGCAAUGGACUGUCUUCAGGCAGGACACGUCAACCAGCUGGAGGUGCUGGAGGCGCAGUGGGGAAUGGGCAGCUCCCCACAGAGAGAUGAUCUGAAGCUGCUCUGUGAGCAGAAUGAAGAGGAGGUUUCCCCGCAGCUCUUCACGUUCCAUGAGGCUGUUUCUCAGCUCGUGGAGAUGGAGGAGCAAGUUCUCGAGGACCACAGAGCUGUGUUUCAGGAGUCCAUUCGUUGGUUAGAAGAUGAAAAAGUUCUUUUACAAAUGACAGAAGAGGUGGACUACGACGUUGAAUCAUAUGCAACUCAACUUGAGCAAAUUCUGGAUCAGAAGAUAGACAUUCUCACUGAGCUGAGAGACAAAGUCAAGUCUUUCCGCUGUACCCUGCAAGAGGAGGAGCAAGCUAGUAAACAAAUUACCCCAAAGAGGCCACGUGCACUUUAG